AUGAAUCAUUUUGAGGAAGCUGUUUACUUUUUUGACUAAGCUUUAAACAUCGAUUCCAUUAAUUAUAAUUUCCUCAAAUGCAAAGGUAAAAAAGUUUUUUAUUUUAUUAUUUAUUUUAGACAAUGCAUUAAUUAAUUUGAAUCAUUUGGAAGAAGCUAUUGAAUUCUAUGAUAAAGCUUUGCACAUCAAUCCUAAUAGUUUUGAUCUGCUCAAUAACAAAAGUAAUUGAGUUUUCUUUAAUUUUAGGCUUAGCCUUAUUGGUACUUAUUUAAUGA